CAUUUGUAGCCAGCCUGGUGUAAAGCUAGACUGGACUGGUCAGCUUUUCGAGAAUGGAAAAGUUUAACGUUGUUGUUUAUGUGCUCCUUUCUUUCUUGCUGUCUUCUCCGUUUUUCCAUCGUGGCGGCGCCGGAGCUAAGACCGCCGCCGAUGGAUCCGAAGCUUGGGGCUACGUUCAAGUCAGACCAAAAGCGCACAUGUUCUGGUGGCACUACAAAAGUCCGUACAGAGUUGAGGAUCCAAACAAGCCAUGGCCAAUCAUUCUGUGGUUGCAGGGUGGACCUGGAGCUUCAGGGGUAGGAAUUGGAAAUUUUCAAGAGAUUGGGCCUCUGGGUGUAAAUUUGGAGCCUAGAAAUUCAACUUGGUUGAAAAAAGCUGAUCUACUAUUUGUGGAUUGUCCAGUUGGAACUGGGUAUAGUUUUGUGGAGGAUACAAAGCUGCUGGUGAAGACUGAUGUGGAGGCAGCAACUGAUUUAACUACUCUACUGAUAAAAGUUUUCAAUAAGGAUGUGAAUUUACAGAAAAGCCCUUUAUACAUAGUAGCAGAGUCUUAUGGAGGAAAGUUUGCUGUUACUGCUGGAUUGUCAGCUCUCAAAGCCAUUGAAGCAGGCAAACUGAAGCUCAAACUUGGGGGAGUGGCAUUAGGUGAUAGUUGGAUCUCACCUGAAGAUUUUGUGUUGUCUUGGGGACCUCUGCUGAAAGAUGUCUCAAGGAUUGAUGAAAAUGGCUUGAAAAAAUCAAACAGUAUAGCUAAGCAAAUUAAGCAGAAGCUUGUUGGAGGCCAGUUUGAAGAGGCAACAAAUCUCUGGUCCAAACUUGAAGAUGUCAUAAGUACCUACAGCAAUUCUGUGGAUUUCUACAAUUUUAUGUUGGAUUCUGGCGAGGAGCUUUUGUCCACAACAUCACAAUCUUUAACAAUGAAGAGAUACAAAUCAUAUCUGGGAUCCUUGAAGGCUUCCCCAGGUUCUGAAGGUGAUCUUGACAGCCUAAUGAAUGGAGCCAUCAAAAAAAAGUUAAAGAUUAUCCCACCGCAUUUUGAGUGGGGAGAGCAAUCUGGUCUCGUUUUUGACGCUAUGGUGGGUGACUUCAUGAGGCCAAGGAUCAAUGAGGUUGAUGAGCUAUUGAGUAAAGGAGUAAAUGUGACGAUAUAUAAUGGACAAGUUGAUCUCAUUUGUGCCACCAAGGGAACUGAAGCAUGGGUUCAAAAACUAAAGUGGGAAGGGCUAAAAACAUUCAUUAGUAUUGACAGGACUCCAAUGUAUUGUGGGAAAGACCAAACUACAAGAGGGUUCACAAAGUCAUACAAGAACCUGCAUUUCUAUUGGAUUCUUGGGGCUGGCCACUUUGUACCAGUGGAUCAGCCGUGUGUGUCAUUGGACAUGGUGGGAAACAUCACUCAGUCCCCUUCCUCUGCCACUUCACACUGAGUUUCUGUUUUACCCAAAACACAUCGAAACAAGAUCCAUCCAGCAUGGACACACAGAAGCUCCAUUGAAUCAGUACUGAUUCUGCAACAAAGAAUUCAAAAAAAAAAUAAGUCCUAAAUUUUAAUUUAUCUUGGACAAUUAUUGCAAUUUUAUAAUUUAUAAAGAAUCUCAAAUUAUUGUACUUCAUUUUUACUUAUUCCCUCCCAUCGUCCUAUUUUAUGUCCCUUGAUUGAUAGACGAAAUGAAGUUAUUUUUUUUU